AUGAGUGAGGCGGAUUCGUGUGUAGAGACGACGAGUCGAGAACAUAGAGUUUGGAAGAAAAAUGCUCCUUUCCUCUACGACACAGUCGUCACCAGAGAACUCGAAUGGCCCACUUUAACAGUUCAAUGGAUGCCUGACGUUACUAAAACCGACAGCUCGGACACUUCUGUACACCGAGUGAUACUCGGAACUCAUACAUCAAAUGACGUUCAAAAUCAUUUAUUAAUCUCGAAAUUCUCGAUUACUGACGCCGCCGAGUUAGACGAUUCCAAAUGGGAUGCAGAACAGCAAGAAUUCGGUGGCUAUGGAGCGGGAAGUGCGGCGAAACUUGAAGAUGAGAUACGAAUUGUUCAUCAAGACGAAGUGCACCGAGCACGAUAUAUGCCACAAAACCCGAUUAUAAUUGCCAGUAGAGGCCCCGGUGACGAUGUUUAUAUUUUUGAUUAUACUCAACAUCCCUCUCAACCACAUGAUAACAAAUUCCGACCACAAUUGCGACUGAAAGGACACGAAGGGGAAGGAUAUGGCCUCUCAUGGAGUAAUACGAGUGAAGGUCAUUUAUUGACGGCCGGAGAGGAUGGAGCGAUUUGCCAUUUUGAUAUCAAUGCCCACCAAAAUAUUGCUGGUCAAUUAACUCCGGUGAGCAAGUAUAAAGGCCACGAUUCGAAUGUACAGGAUGUCGCUUUCCACGCUCUUCACCCGAAUGUCUUUGCAUCUGUGGGAGAUGAUAGAAAAUUGAAUAUCUGGGAUCUUCGCCACCCGAGAUUCCAACUCUCGUCCAUCGGACACAAUUCCGAUGUCACUUGUGUCUCUUAUAACCCAUUCAAUGAGUUCAUUCUUGCUACGGCUUCUGCAGAUAAAACUGUUGCUGUGUGGGAUGUUCGAAAUAUGGGAAAGAGAAUGUACACGCUGCGACACCAUACGGACGAGAUUUUCCAAGUUGCAUUCAGUCCGCAUAUCGAAACAGUUCUUGCCAGUAGUGGAUCUGAUGACCUUGUCAUUGUAUGGGAUCUCUCAAAAGUGGAAGACCCCUCCAAUGAUCCAGCGACGCAGCCCACAGCCCCUCCACCUGAAGUUGUUUUCGUUCAUUCUGGUCACCUAGGAAAAGUUGCCGAUUUCUCAUGGAACCCGAACCGUCCAUGGACAAUAUGUAGUACUGACGAAUAUAACAAAUUUCAGGUUUGGGAAGUCUCGGAAGGCGUCAUUAACCCAGAGAAAUCCGAACAAGAAAGCACCACUAGUUGA